CUCGGGGCUUCCAGUAGUCACUCGCUACAGACCGAAAGAGAGACAGAAAUUCAAAGCAACGAGCGCGUAUAACCUGGAAAAAUGUCAGAGAUGUGCGAUGAAAACAUGACGGAUAAGAAAAACGAAGAAUGUCUCGAGGAAAGUUCAAUCGUUCAGGAUGAUUAUAAGAAAUUAAAGCAAGAAAACGAGUGCUACCGGCAGGAAUUAUAUGUCUUGCGACUCAGGUUGAAAGCAAGCGAAGCGCUCGAAAAAGAGCUUCAAGAGGCUAACGAAGCUUUAGAGCAGUCGCUUGAACAAUGCACAAUGAAAGCGGAGAAAGUGCUCGUCGAGAGAGAGGAAAAGUACAGAGCUGAGAGAAUAGAAUACGAAAGCCAUAUCGUAAAUUUAGAGACAAAAGUUUUGCAAAGUGCACAAGAGAUUAUUGAGCUGCGGGAGGAGCUAAGGAAGCAUGAAGAACUUAAGAAUGAACGAUCACAGAAUCUUACUUUUAAUGAGGACAAUUUAAUAGAAUAUAAGGAGAAAAUUGAGGAACUAGUUACAUUGCUCCAAAACGAAGGGGAGAAGCAAGAACAGAUGGAGGAAAAGCUUGCUAACAUGAAGAAUUAUAUUCAAGAACUACAAGAUACUUUGCAAAAUGUGUAUAAUCAGGUGAUAAAGGAACAGUUGGCAGAGAAAAACAUAGCGUUGGAAAACACACGGGAGGAAUUGGCCGCAAACCGUAUGGAAUUGGAAUCGUUAAAAAUAACUCCUGCUAAUGAUGCGUGUAAAGGUAAUUCCUUAUUUGCUGAAGUCGAAGAUCGCCGGCAAAUGUUACUGGAUAAAAUGAACAUUCUACAGGACAAAUAUAACGAAGCGAAACGAGCGUUGAAUAAAAAAGCUAACGAAAUUAAAUCGUUGAAAGUUGAAAAAGCUGCCAUGAUUCGAAAGUGGGAAACUGAUGCGAUCGAUACGCUACAGGAGAAUGCGGACCUGUUGGAAAAAUAUAAGAGCAGAAUUUUCGAACUUGAGAAUAAGUUGAAAGCUGAAAUGAAGAAAAAUAGUCAGGUGGAAGAAGUACGAUUCGAUGACGAUAGUUUCGAUUACACUGAAUCCUUGCUAGCCGCAAAGAGGAAAGAGCUUGAAGAAUUGCACAAGAAACUUGAGAAGCAAUCUAUAGAGAUAUUAACACGAGAAGAAGCAAAUUACGAUAUCUCGAAACAGCUGCGAUAUUGGCGAUCUAAAGCAAUGUCUAUGGAGGCUCAAUUCUUGGCUGUAAAGACGCAAAUAGAAACGGAACAGACAAACGAUAAUAAUAAUGAAAGCCUUCUGGAGGUUAUCAAGGAUUGUACGAUCACUGAUAAUGCUGAUUUUGAAAAGACUUGUAAUUUAUAUAUUGUACCUGAUAUGCCAGAGAGUACAUGCCGAGAAAAAGCGGCGGAUGUAUCUGAAAAGCCAACAGCAGAUGGUUGCGCGACUGGACAGAAAGAAGCUGGAAAAGUGUUACGAUUUGCUCAGGACGCUAAAGAUACUGGGAGUAAACCUUUGAAAAGACAAUCCAAACAAUACGAUUAUCCUAUCAUAUCGAUUCCCGAGUUUUGAAAUCUUAAGUCUUCCGUAUAUUGCGAUGUUUCACAAUAUCGCGUAUUUUAACAAACUAAAUUUCUGAUUUUAUAUUUUUAUACGAUAGACAUCGAAACUAUCAAGAGAUAAUGAGAAAUAUAUAAUCGCAGAUGAAGAAAUAUAAAUAUACCUAUUUAUCUUCUAUCUUAUAUCUUCAA